CAGCUUUGAUGGCUUAAUACCAAUGAUGAAUGGAGGAGUUGAGGACGAUGCUGACAAUAUGCACGUUGACAGAGAGUUUGCUGUUGUAUCAGGUGUAUUUCUUAAUGCAGAUAUGAAUAGCAGUAGCUCCAUAUUGAAUGCACUGACAAAUGGAUGUGCCAUCAAUGGACAUUUGGAUUUCACCGCCGCGCAACAGCUCAGUGGGAUGGAUACCAGGCGUGAGGAGUGUUUAACAAUAACACCUAACGGAAUCAUUCCUGGAAUAACUUCUCCCGGUAGGCAUCGAAUUCAUACCAGUAAUGGCACCGAGGAGCCGGAAAAGGCCAUGAAUAAUCCCACUGAUAUGUGUGGGUCUCUUCAUCUGAAUGGAAGCCCGAGUAGCUGCGUUUCUAACCGGCCCUCGUGGGUGGAAGACCCUGGAGAUACUUUGCACUAUGGACACUACCAUGGUUUUGGGGAUACUGCUGAAAGCAUCCCCGAGCUUAGUAGUGUUGUUGAGCAUUCCAAUUCUGUUAAAGUUGAACAGAGGUAUGACAAUACUGUCUUAGGCACAAUGUAUUUGUACCAUGGUUCCUAGAUCAAUGACCUUUAUAUCAAAUGCUUAUUGAAAUUGCUACCAAAUGAAUCUGGGGGGACAAAAUCCUCACAUAGCAUUAAAUUUGAAGAUUGCAACUUAUUGCUAUUUUUACACUUUGUUUAUAUGAAAAGUAAACCUUUAAUUUGACAGCCUUAUACAAUAGUUGUAGUUUGUUGCAUGUAUGGGGCUUAUUUAGUGAUAAAAUAGGUGCUGUUAUGAUGGAAUGGUUAUUUUCAUUUUUUAUGGAAUGUUCUGGUUUUGUAUUUUUUUAUUUCUCAGCUUGUGAACACUAUCUUUCCCUUUUUAGAGCUGUUUCCCCUUUUAUUAAAACAACGUUUAAAUGAAUUUUGUGAAGAAAAUGUUACAUAUGUGCAUACUUAGAAGUAAAGAUUUUCCUUUUCCCUAUCUUCUGCUGAAGCUAUGGUAGCAAUAUCAAUGCCAGCUAUCACUAUGCAAGGUUGAAAAGUGGCAAUCUUACAGAGCUUCUCUGACUUUACGGUUUUGUACAUUUGUUCAGUAUAAUUAGAUGUUCAUCUUUACAUUUUUUAAGCAAGUUGUUUAAAAAUGCAGAGACAAAAUUUGGAAAAAGUUAAACAUUAACUUUUCCGUAGCAUAGGAGUGCUUUUUAUUGUUGUUGGGCUCUUUGCAUUAUAGAGUGGGAAGGUGGGUUGCCUUUGUUCAGUCGCAGUUGGGUGUGCCUCAGGUUAGUUCUGAAUUUGUGGCAUCUUCCUUUUGCUUCUCUUCUUUAUGUGUAUGCUUGAUAUUUUACCAUAGCUCACAGACUGGAGGCAUGUUGGCACUGUUCUGCUUUGUAUGCAGUUUAAAAUUACUGUUACUUGUUAGAGAAUUUGCCAGGUCAAAAUAUUUGAGUUUGACUGUCUUGGAUAUACAUUUAUUGUCCUUUUUUUAACAUGCUUUGAAAAUGUAAUGUUGUGUACUCUGGGCUAUGCUCAUGGAUAUACAUUGUAUUUAAAGCUUAAUACACAAAUCAAAAUUCAUAUAAGUGCACUAUAUGAGCACUAAUAAUAUAAGUUGCUGCUUUGUGAUAUGAUAAAUGAAGAGUGGGUGGGAAGAAUAUGGUAAACGAGAUAAGCCCUCUGAAUUGUGUUGAUUUUUUUGUUUGUUUUGUUUAAAAAGGGAUCUUUACAAAUUGGAUUUAAAAAAUAAACAUAUUACAUUGU